GGCAAAGUUUUUCAUCUGUCGUAGUGAGAGGCGGAGGUGAAGUCUCUCUGCCCUGUGAAAACAGGAUGGAUCAGACCAGCUGCACACGGACCAACUGGCUCUUUGGUAAAACAGCUCAGGCUCCAGCAACAGAUCUGGUUAAGUUUGGUGGGACUGGUCAUACUCAGGCUUCCAGAGCUAGAGGAGGAAGACUGAGCGUCUCGGCAAGCUGCUCUCUGGUCAUUCAGAAGGUCUCUGCCUCAGACGUAGGAACAUAUUACUGCCAACAGUUUAACAGCUUAAAUCAAAAAGAGACUACAAACACUGCUGCUUUGGCUCUUGCUAACUUUACUGAAGAGAAGGAUGAGGAGGAGGUGACGCUAGGAUGCUCCGUUAUAUCAAACGAUCCCUGCAAAUACACUAUAAGCUGGCUUUUAAAUGGUCAAAACAUUGAUAAGGAGGACAUAGAUUUUGAGACAGAAAAGUCCGAUUGUUCAGCCAAAGUCACCUUUCAGACUUCACGUCUAGUUUAUGAGGCAGGCAGCUAUACGUCCCUGAAAUGUGAAGUGGCAGAGACUGGAACAAGAAGAAAGCAGCUUUUUGCCUUCAGACCUCAAACCCCAGUUUCAGGUGUGUGGUGGUUGUACAUCAUUGUAGGUGCUGGUUUUGCAGCUGGUUUGGCAGCUGUCCUGUUUGCCGUCUGGCUUUUCAUAAAAAGGAAGAAAAAUAAAGGAAAUAAAACACAAGUAGGUGAAAACCAGGGAUUAAACCCACACUCUACAGCUUCUCAGCCUGCUAUAGAAACGAGUCAGGACACAGAUGAGCUUGAUGAUACCAUCCCAUAUGCUACUAUUAUCCUCCCCAAGACCAACAAUCAGUUUCAGAGAAGCGAUGCUGCAGUCACCUACAGCGCUCUCAAAGUUGGAGCAUCCCCUGAUUAAGGCCCCCUCUAUGCUUCUUUUAAAUAACCAAACUGGGAUAUAUGUUAAUUUGAAAGAGACUUGUUUAUUUUACAUGUUUUGUUUACAUGUGAAAAUAAGAUUUUUAAGGCUAGAAAACAGAGUUUAACCAGAACCCCUUUGUUUUAGGGGCACAAAUUUGAGUACAGAUGCAUAUGUAAGGUUUUUGUCUUUUUUUUUUUUUUUUUAGGAAAAGUUUCCUUAACACACAAUAAUUAAAAAAAAAUGCAUACCCAACAAAUUAUCAAUCCAUCCUGUGUGACUGUACAGGCAGUAUUUGUCCACAAGGGGGAGAUGUGGGCCAGGCUGUGACUGCAAAAGUAGUUUCCUCACAGUUUGCAGUGCUCACAAAAUUAUUCAUACAUCAGUAACUUUUCAAAAUGUUGUCAUUUUGUUUAUGCCACUUUAUUUUGUUGGGUGAUCAAAAGGUAGAAAACGGAAAAACAGGAUGAAUAUUACGCUGUCUGCCUAAAUUGAGAGGCAAAGAAGCAUUACACAGGGAAGCAGCCAAGAGGUCCAAUACAACCCUGGAGGAGAUGCAGAAAUUCCCAGAUUAGAUGGGAGAAUUAUUUGCCAGGACAACUACUAGUUAGAACAACAAGAUGUAUGGACUGGGCAGACUUCAAAGAAAACCCUGAUGUAAAGGUCUAACAGAGUUAAUGGAAGCUCCUCUCCCAACAGAACAAACUGACAUGAGCUGCAAUGGAAUUGUCUCAGUCAGAAGUUACUUUAUUACCUCAAAAGUUUGUACAUUUAUAUCUAAUGCAUGUAUGCUGUGAGUGUGUAAAAACAUUCAAAUUCCUUGUUUGUGCAAACAGUCUUGCCCAAUAAAGCAGAUUUUGUGUUAACCCCCCCCCCCCAAAAAAAAAGAAA